AUUCAUUCUUACAUGCUUUAAAAUAGCGCAGUUUUUUCAAAAUAAAUUGUUUUGAACAUGAAAUAAAAAUACUUAAAACAAAGACUUUUUACAUUCAAUGGUGUUUUAUUUAAGAUUUAAAUUUAAUUAUUUAUAAUUAUUAUUAUUACACAAAUAUUUACCCUAUGGAUAGAAGAGAAAAAAGCAGCGCAAAUCGAAAAACAAGGAAAAAUAUUACAAAAGAACACAUUGAAAUGCUUAAGCAUUUAGUUGAAAGAAAUGAAUCUACAACAAGUAUUUCCACUUCUCUUAAUUUAUCUAAGCGCACAGUUCAAAAUCUUGUAGUUAAGUUAAACAAAGGAGAAUUUGACGACAUGACUGCAUUCAAGUCGUUUUCUGAUAAAAAACGAGGUAAAAGACCUAUAAAAGAUCAAAUAAAAAAUAUUAUUGAAUUAUGCGUACAAGAAAACAAUCUUUGUUCGCAAAAAGCAAUAAAAGAAAAUCUUUCUGCAGCAGGCUUCAAGAUGUCUCAGCCUACUAUUUCAAGAAAACUCAAACGAUUGGAUUUAUCAAGAAAUUGUGUUGUGCAUGUGCCAGAAGAAAUAAAAAAAGAAACAACAUAAUUUAUAUUUUGAAUAUAUCUAUAUAAAAA